AGACUGCUAUACGGAUGAUUGGCGCGACCAUCAGCUGUACAUAAAGGUUUGACAGCGUUACUGAGAACUGUUGUGGUUCAGUAUCCAGUUCACUCUCACAGUGACAACCUAGUACUUGCUGUGUUAUCAUUUUGAUGUGAAGGUCCAGAAGUUGUAGCUCAAUGUCGCAGGUCCAACAAAAGAUAACGUCUAAAUAAUUAUUUGUCUUGUUUAGUCCCGUUUAUAUACAUGUGGAAGAGAUAUCUUUAGUACCAGCAGUUAAAUAAUGUAUAGUUUUGAAGGCGAAUUUCGACGAAGACCACAACAGAAUCUCUCCGGUGCCAGCAGGAAACAUGAGAGAAAUGAACUGCUGCAGAAAGCGCAGAUUGAACGAAGUAAAAGAGAGGAGCUAAGACGCCGGCAGAAUAGUGCAAUAAUGAUCCAAGCAUCUGUACGGAGUUACUUGACCAGACUGAGACACAAAAAACUGCAGCGUGACGAAUUUGAUAAGAUGUUGGAAGCUUAUAAAGCUAAAAUAACGCCAGAAAAAACAUUAGCAUUACUUCUUCAGAAAUUAUUGUUUUUUUAUAAUGAAGCUGUGGAUGUACAAAGACUGGUCUCAGUUUCACAAUUGUUACUUAAACAGCAUGAAAGUGUGUUAAAAACUGCUGAUGAAAGUUGGCUGUGGCGAAUACAGAGACUGUUGCACCUAAACUUACAACAGAUGGAACGAGCUGGUAGCCGUGAUUCGCUCGCUGUUGGGUUACGCAUAGUAGAAGUGUUUACAUCAUGGGAGAACAGUAUCCGUAUACUUGGAACAAAUGGCGCUACAUCAUAUUUGGUAAAACUGUUCUCUCACCUAAUAGCACAUGGCUACUUCAGGCAAGUGCGUCGAUUAGUUGACAGCCGAACACCACCGAUGAUGGGACCCAGUUCUAAUCCACCUACACAGCUGGCAGCCUGCCUUUUCGAACUGAUUGCACGGCCACUUAAUGUUGUCACAAGAGUUCCAGAUAACCGUUUCAGUGCACUGGUUCUCCAAGCUUUAUGUCAACACAUCCUGGCAUCUCCCAUGACUGAAGCAGUAGAGAUGUUCAUAUUACCAGCCCUGGUUGAUUUACCUCUGUUCCCAUUCCGUGAGCUUCUUGAUGCACUGAGAGAUUGUGAAGGAUUUGCUGAAGGAGAAGGCAGUGUCCAAAGAUCUACAUGGCUUCUUUUUUCUGUCUUAUUACUUGAGAAGAAACAUUUCAUUGCAGGGAGAGAUGAUGAGGAACACCUGCUGUUGCUUGGAUACUUGCAAAUUUUGGCUGCUCUGACAAAGAACUUCACUGCAUUAACUCGGAAUCAGGGAGUAUUGGAUGACAGUGCCUCUGAUGAUUCUGCAGAAGAGAUGGACCAUGAAGGUGCAGAUGCACAGGAAAUGCGGAUACUGGAAUACUGUGUCGAGAUGUUGAAUGAUACAGCAAGAGUGCAGUACUUACUGUCUGCAAUAGAUCAGUCUGAAGAUCCUCAGGUGUUACAAGCUCUUUGUCAAGUGUGCCACAACCUGCUGAUAUCAAACAAAUUUGCUAUUCAUAAGUAUAAACUAAUUCACAUGCUAGCAUUUCGACCAACUUUCCUGCGGCACUUGUGGAGUGCUAUUUUGGCUGUAAGGCAGACGUCACUCUUUGGCAGUGCCACACCACUAUUACAUAUUGUAUCAAGGGGACUGCCACUGUCGAGUGAUGAUUCUGCACGCAUAGUGCCACUGCUAGCAGUAUUCUGCUCUUUAUUCAGUUUGCUUCUCAUAACACUGCAUGAUGGAGAAUUCUAUGGUGAUGAUACAGUGAUAGGUGGUAGCCCUCCAACAAUGCCUUUCACAUUGUCAAGCCUUGUACAGCUGUCUCUAACACUCAAAGAAGUCUCCCUUGGUUUGGUAGAGUUGGCAUUUCCAGACUCGAGGCCUUCUGUACGUGAUGAUUAUAAGGCAGCAGUACGGGGCAGAGAGCAGCCAGCUCCAGCAUGUCCACAGGACACACAGAUGUGGGCACAUUUGUUUAAGGUUACUGUAGGUCUGGUGCGACAGCUUCACUCUCGUGACAUCAGGAGACCAUUCUGUCCUGAAAACCACUGGAUUUCAAAACAAAUUACCAUACCAGUUGAUAAACCAUCAGAUUUCACAUUAAGGCGACGUCGACUGAGAGUUUACAGGCCAUUUCAAGGACUGAGAGCGUUCACAAAGGAAGAACUAGAGGAAGGCCCACCGCUAUCAACAAAGGAAAUCCGCACAAUAACCAUUCUCAGAGAACUGCCAUUUGUAGUGCCAUUUCAAGAGCGUGUUUUAGUUUUCCAGAGUUUAAUAAUAAGAGAUAAAAUGGAACAUCAAGGAGAACAGAGUCAUUUUCUUCAAGGACCAAGUAUACAAGUUGCAGUAAGGAGAAAUUAUUUGUAUGAAGAUGCUUUUGAUAAACUAUCGCUUGAGAAUGAACCGGAACUACGCCUGAAAAUGAGAGUUCAACUGGUUAAUGAGGUUGGAAUGGAUGAAGCAGGUGUUGACGGUGGUGGUAUCUUUAGAGAAUUCCUUUCUGAACUUCUUAAAACAGCCUUUGACCCUAACAGAGGCUUUUUCCGUCUCACGAAAGAUAAUUUUCUGUACCCUAAUCCUAGUGUUCAUCUGCUUUUUGAUGACUUCCCAAAGCAUUACUUCUUCAUUGGACGAAUGUUGGGAAAAGCACUGUAUGAAAACUUGCUAGUAGAACUUCCAUUUGCUGAAUUUUUUCUGUCAAAGUUGGUUGGACGGCAUUCAGAUGUUGAUGUACAUCAUCUUGCAUCUCUAGAUCCUCUUAUGUAUCGUAAUCUUUUAUAUCUCAAGAAUUAUGAUGGUGAUGUUGCCGAUUUGGGACUAGAUUUUACUGUUCUGAAUGAAGAACUUGGAAAAACAAGAGUGGAUGAAUUGAAGGAAGGUGGUGCAAACAUUCAAGUAACUGCUUUAAACAGGAUAGAAUAUAUUCAUCUAGUUGCAGAUUACAGACUGAAUAGGCAGAUGAGGGCUCAGUGCAAUGCUUUCAAACAGGGUCUUGCAAAUGUUAUACCUCCAGAAUGGCUGCAGAUGUUUAACAACAAAGAACUGCAGGUAUUAAUCUCAGGAGCCCAAGUACCUGUUGAUGUAGAAGAUCUUAAACAACAUACCGUAUAUGCUGGUGGUUACACACAAGAACACCCAACAAUACUUGCAUUUUGGCAAGUAGUUGAAGGCUUUUCGGAUAUACAGAAACGGCAGUUAUUAAAGUUUGUCACUAGCUGUUCAAGACCACCUUUACUUGGUUUCAAGGAGCUGGAGCCUCCUUUCUGUGUGCAGCAUGUAGGAAGUUCAGAUCGCCUUCCAACAGCAAGUACUUGUAUGAAUUUACUUAAGCUGCCAGAAUUUCCAGAUGUCAACACAUUACGUGAUAAACUUUUGUACGCAAUUCAAGCAGGUGCUGGGUUUGAGCUUAGUUAAAUUGUCCUUUAUUUUGUAAGUUACAAGUGCAAGAAAAUGAAUAAUGUAUUUGUGUACAACAUUAAAGAUUGUGUAGCAGACAAUAAGUUGUUCCUCAUUAAGAAAUCCAGUGUACUUAUUGCUGGGCCAUUACAUAUCACAUUGGUGUGAAAUUUUAGUCGCAGGACAAAAGUGGUCUCUCCACAGAGUUGGAAGAUGGUCCAUAUUUAAGUGCACAAUGUAUUUGUUACAUUGAGAUCAUACAAUUGCUGCAGAAAUUUUUUUCUGACUAAUAAAAUUUUAAUGCUUAUCCACAAUGGAAGCAACUAUAUUAAGUCUUCACAGUAUGUCAUAAAGAUUAAAUGGUGGCUGGUCCUGCCUAUAUGUUAAUGUUGCGUUUUCUGGUGUAAGUGGGGAGUUUGAUGACUGUUCUGUUACAAUUUAUGUGACAUACACCACUGUAGAAACUUUUUUAUGAGUGCAUUUAAGUUAUCAACUCAGUGUGUGUAUUAAAUGUUUAUGUUCUACACAUUUAUGGUCAAUAUUGUGAACAUCAUUUGCUUUUCUCAUUGCUAUAAACUAUAACAAAAAUGUAUCUAUUUACAUUAGUCACGUUUUUGUUUCUUUUGCAAUUUUACCUGUUAUAGCAAGUUACAGCCCUUUGUAAUUUUAUGAACUACUGUACUCAGACAGAGUGUUUACAAAUGAACUUUAUUUUGAUACUGCUUGUGUAUGAGGAUUGAGUGUGCUGCAGGAAAGUUUUCCUAGCCAUUUUAACAGUAGUUGCACUUUUUACUAUACAGAGAAAACUGGAAUCUAUUUUCUAUUAAAUUAAUACCAAAAUUAUAGUAGGUGUGUAGUAAAACUGGAAGUCUGCUCCACAUUCUUGAUUAAAUGUUACUCGCUUACAUAUAAAUUAAUACACAUCUUUCCUGUUCAUCAAAGACUGAAUAUCACAAGGAGACAUACAUAGAUGAAAAUCAUAUUAUGUUUCUUUCACUGGAGUAUGGAACUUUUUUAAAAGAAAGAUGCAGUCUUUGACAAAAAAGGGGCAAUCUUGUAUGUUUAUGAAGCAUUUGGCACUUGUUUGACUUUAUUUCAUGCGCUUUCUAUGUUUGAUGAAAACAGUAGUCACAGUCUUGGAGUACUGACUGGCAUGUACCAUAUAUAAUUUAUAUGUGUGUAGAACAAGUAGUGUAUUUGCGUACAUUAUUACUCUACCAUAUUUGUUGUGUCAAAAUGUAAAGAAGGUGUUGUACAAAGUUGUGUGGACAGCAGCAGUGCUAUGUAUCAGGGUAUGCUCAACAAGAAGUGUCUGAUUUUAAUACUGAUACCUUUUUAAAACUAGCAGGUUGUAUAUGUUUGUAUAUUGUUAAUGUCUUUUUGAAAUGUCAUGUGAUUAUGUAUGAAUGUAAGCAUGUUUGUAUCUGAUGAUGUAAAGCUUGUGUUUGAUUUGGAAACUUAUUUAAUGUAAUAUAUAAAAUAUAAUAUUUUCACAUAUCUACAGUUUUCCAGACUGUGGUCUGUGCAGUUAGUACUUCUUCAGAUGU